UGUUGUUACAAGUUUAUAAUUUUUAUUAUGUAUUUGAAGACCUUUUAUAAGACAAACUGAAAACUUAAGGAAUAAUUUUGAUGUUAUUUUAUGCUUCACUUUCAAUUAAGCGAAUUAUUGUAAUACAAAAAAUUUACUCAUUAUGACUAUAUGCAGGUUAUGUUUAGGUCAAGAGAAGGAACUUAUUACAGUUACAGAUCGUAAUGAUUUGUUACUAAGGAUAAAAAACUGUGUUUCUAUUGAGAUAACUAAGAUUGAUACGCUUCCUAAAACUGUAUGUGCGGAAUGUGUCCGAAAAGUAAAUGAAUGGUACGACUUCAAACAAAUGUGUAUCGGCUCAAACAAGAAGUUAAAAAUAGAGGUCGACCAUAAAAUCUUGAAUGAGACUACAGAAACUGAAUUCGAGGAUGAAAAAGUAGAUAGUUGGGGCUUUUCAGAUUAUGAAGACAGCGAUUCCGAAGCUGAAGAAUUUUUAAAGGAAGAGGAUUGCAAUAAUUCAAAAAGUAUAGAACCCACACAAAAUGAAUAUAUAUGUAAUAUUUGUGAUAAGAAAUUUGAUGCUAUUUUGGAAUAUUUAGAACAUCAGGAUGAACACAGUGGUCAACUUGUAUUUAAUUGUGAUAAGUGUAGCGAGGUAUUCGCUAGUAGACCAGACUUAGUUGCGCAUGAAAGACAGCACAAAAAUCCAUGUCCGAAAUGUGGCAAGAUGAUUCUUAGGUCCAGUAUGAAAAUUCACCUAAUUCAACACACCGACCGAUACGUGUGUACUGAAUGCUCCCACAGGUUCAACUCUGGUGCAACGUUGAGGCAACAUAUCAUAACGGUUCAUACCAACAUAAAAGACCACGUUUGUGAAACUUGCGGAAAAAGUUUUUCUUCAAAAACAGCCAUGAAUGUUCAUCUAAAAACACACAGAGACGAGAGGCCAUAUACUUGCAAGCUAUGUUCUUAUGCAGGGAGGACCUCAUCGUCCAUCUACAUCCACAUGGCGACUCAUGCGAAAGAAAUACACGGUUGCGAAAUAUGCCCUAAAACGUUUAAGAGUUGGCGCAACCUAGCCGAUCACCUGCGAAGGGUACAUAGCAAGGAAAAGAAACACGAGUGUUCGUACUGCAAUAAAAAGUUCGUCGAUAAAUACAUGCUAAAAGUUCAUAUUAGGACGCAUACGGGACUAAGACCUUACCAGUGUAAAUUGUGCGAUAAGGCCUUCAUUCGAUCGGAUAGUUUGAAGGAACAUAUGGCGACACAUGGGUCUCGGAAAUUGUAUGACUGUAAUCAGUGCAUGAAGAAAUUUACUAGUAAGAGAGGUUACGCAAGGCACAGCUGUAGUGUGUCUACAGUGUAACUGGUGUUUUCGUUUAUGCCUUAUGUUCGUAAUAGUUAUAUUUUUAUUUUAUAUGUGAUUAAUAGAGAUUUUGAAACAUG